AAGGACGCCGGCGCCGGGGGACACAGCAACAUGAGGCGGAGAUUAAGGUGACAGUGUCAGGUGGAUCAACUGCCAUCCCACUGCCCCCUCUGUUGGGCAGUGCUGAGAGUGGGGAAGCAUGGAAGAGAAGAAGCAUGAGACCACGAACCAAGCUCAUGUCCUCUUUGACCGGUUUGUCCAAGCCACUACCUGCAAGGGAACCCUCAAGGCCUUUCAAGAACUCUGUGACCACCUGGAACUGAAGCCUAAAGACUACCGUUCCUUCUAUCACAAGCUCAAGUCCAAGCUUAACUACUGGAAAGCCAAAGCUCUCUGGGCAAAGUUGGACAAACGGGGCAGUCACAAAGACUAUAAAAAGGGAAAAGCAUGCACUAACACUAAGUGUCUCAUCAUUGGAGCUGGCCCCUGUGGUCUCCGCACAGCCAUUGAUUUAUCCUUAUUGGGAGCUAAGGUGGUGGUUAUUGAGAAGCGAGAUGCCUUUUCCCGCAACAAUGUCUUACAUCUCUGGCCCUUCACCAUACAUGAUCUUCGAGGUCUGGGUGCCAAGAAGUUCUAUGGCAAAUUCUGUGCUGGAGCCAUCGAUCAUAUCAGUAUACGUCAACUCCAACUAAUACUUUUGAAAGUAGCCUUGAUCCUAGGCAUCGAAAUACACGUCAAUGUAGAAUUCCAAGGACUUGUACAGCCUCCUGAGGAUCAAGAAAAUGAACGGAUAGGUUGGCGGGCACUGGUGCACCCCAAAACUCAUCCUGUAUCAGAGUAUGAAUUUGAAGUGAUCAUUGGUGGGGAUGGCCGUAGGAACACCUUGGAAGGAUUUCGCCGGAAAGAAUUUCGUGGCAAACUGGCUAUUGCCAUUACAGCAAAUUUUAUUAACCGAAAUACAACAGCAGAAGCCAAAGUGGAAGAGAUCAGUGGUGUGGCUUUCAUAUUUAACCAAAAAUUUUUCCAGGAGCUACGAGAAGCCACAGGUAUUGAUUUGGAGAACAUCGUCUACUACAAAGAUGACACGCACUAUUUCGUUAUGACAGCCAAAAAGCAGAGUUUACUGGACAAAGGGGUGAUACUGCAUGACUAUGCUGACACAGAACUCUUGCUUUCCCGGGAGAACGUGGACCAGGAGGCAUUGCUAAACUAUGCCCGGGAGGCGGCUGACUUCUCCACGCAACAGCAGCUGCCCUCUCUAGAUUUUGCCAUCAAUCAUUAUGGGCAGCCUGAUGUGGCCAUGUUUGACUUCACUUGUAUGUAUGCCUCUGAGAAUGCAGCCUUGGUACGGGAACAGAAUGGACACCAGUUAUUAGUGGCUCUGGUUGGGGACAGCCUCCUAGAGCCUUUCUGGCCCAUGGGAACAGGAAUAGCCCGGGGCUUUCUAGCUGCUAUGGACUCUGCCUGGAUGGUACGAAGUUGGUCUCUAGGAACCAGCCCCUUGGAAGUCCUGGCGGAGAGGGAAAGCAUUUAUAGGUUGCUGCCUCAAACCACUCCUGAGAAUGUGAGCAAGAACUUCAGCCAGUAUAGCAUCGACCCUGUCACUAGGUAUCCCAAUAUUAAUGUCAACUUCCUCCGGCCAAGCCAGGUGCGCCAUUUAUAUGAUACUGGAGAAACGAAAGAUAUUCAUUUGGAAAUGGAGAACCUAGUGAAUUCCCGAACUACCCCAAAGUUGACUCGCAAUGAAUCUGUAGCUCGUUCAAGCAAACUGCUAAGUUGGUGCCAAAGGCAGACAGAUGGUUACGCAGGAGUAAAUGUGACAGAUCUCACCAUGUCUUGGAAAAGUGGCCUGGCUCUAUGUGCAAUUAUCCACAGAUACCGUCCUGAUCUGAUAGAUUUUGAUUCUUUGGAUGAACAAAAUGUGGAGAAGAAUAACCAGCUGGCCUUUGAUAUUGCUGAGAAAGAACUGGGCAUCUCUCCCAUCAUGACAGGCAAAGACAUGGCCUCUGUUGGGGAGCCUGACAAGCUGUCCAUGGUGAUGUACCUGACUCAGUUCUAUGAGAUGUUUAAGGACUCACUCUCCUCUACUGACACCUUGGACUUGAAUGCUGAGGAAAAAGCAGUUCUGAUAGCCAGCACCAAAUCCCCUAUCUCCUUCCUGAGCAAACUUGGGCAGACCAUCUCUCGGAAGCGUUCUCCCAAGGAUAAAAAGGAAAAGGACUUGGAUGGAGCUGGAAAGAGGAGAAAAACUAGUCAAUCAGAGGAGGAGGAAACUCCCAGGGGCUACAGAGGAGAAAGACCAACACUGGUGAGCACCCUGACAGACAGGAGGAUGGAUGUUGCUGUUGGAAACCAGAAUAAAGUGAAGUACAUGGCAACCCAGCUUUUGGCCAAAUUUGAAGAAAAUGCGCCUGCACAGACUACUGGUAUAAGGAGACAGGGCUCCAUGAAGAAGGAGUUCCCACAGAAUUUGGGGGGCAGCGACACGUGCUAUUUCUGCCAGAAGCGGGUCUAUGUGAUGGAGAGACUGAGUGCUGAGGGCAAGUUCUUCCACCGGAGCUGCUUUAAAUGCGACUACUGUGCCACCACCCUGCGCCUCUCAGCCUAUGCCUAUGACAUUGAGGAUGGUAAAUUCUACUGUAAACCACACUACUGUUAUCGACUCUCUGGCUACGCACAAAGGAAGAGGCCAGCUGUGGCUCCUCUGUCUGGAAAGGAGGCCAGAGGACCCCUGCAGGAUGGCCCCACUGCAGACACAAGUGGACGGGCCAGUACCAUCACCAGCUCGGCUGAGAGAACUCCAGGUUCCAGUGUAAAUGGCCUGGAGGAGCCUAGCAUUGCCAAGAGGCUGAGGGGCACUCCUGAGAGAAUCGAACUGGAGAACUACCACCGGUCUGUGAAACGGGCAGAGGAGCUGGAGGAGGUACCUGAGGAAACGCAAGCCGAGCACAACCUGAGCAGCAUACUAGACAAGGGCACCGAAGAGGACGUGGCCAGCAGCAGUUCCGAGUCGGAAAUGGAGGAAGAAGAGGAGGAGGAAGAGGAGGAGGAGCAGCUGCCCACUUCUGACCUGGGUGGUGUUCCUUGGAAAGAGGCUGUAAGGAUCCACGCUCUUCUGAAAGGGAGGAGUGAGGAAGAGUUAGAGGCCUCCAAGAGCUUUGAGCCUGGGGAGGGAGAAGAGGAGGAGGAAGAGGAAUAUGAAGAAGAAGAGGAGGAAGAAUAUGACGAAGAGGAGGAGGAGUCCAGUGAAGCUGGGAACCACAGGCUACAGCAGAUACUAAAUCCAGCAGAUCCCUUGGCGAUCCAGGCUGAUGUGCACUGGACACACAUUCGUGAGAAAGAGGAGGAAGAAAGAAUGGUCCCAACCUCUGAAUCUUCCACUUCUAGAGCCCCAUUGGAUGAGAAUGACCUGGAGGAAGAUGUGGACUCGGAGCCAGCAGAGAUAGAAGGGGAGGCAGCAGAGGAUGGGGACCCUGGGGACACUGGUGCUGAGCUGGAUGAUGAUCAGCAUUGGUCUGAUGACAUCCCAUCAGAUGCUGAAAUGGAGCUUCGCUUGCGACGCCACCCUGAAGUAGAAGCAGAGUUAGAGCUGAGGGUAAUAGAAAAUGAGGAGGAAAAGCCAUCUGCCUUACCAGUGCAACAAGAAGGAGGUCCUUCUCAAGUCUCCAGCCCCAUCCAGUCCCCUCAGGAACAAGCCAUUCUUUCUACCCCAGCAUCCAGCCACAUAGCAGAAGGACCCCAAACCCCACUUGCCUCUGUUGCCACCAAGAUGAAAUCCCCUGAGGAGCGCUUUUUCCCUGACCCUCUGCUCCCCAAAGAGAAGCCCAAAGCUGAAGCUCCCCCGGAUCAGAAGACUGCACCCCCUCCCAUCCGGUCGCAGCCUGUAUCUCUGCCAGAACCAAGGACACCUACCUCACCUGUGAGCUCACAGUUUGUGGCUCAGGUGGCCCCUUCUGCAUCCCCUUCCACCCAGCUCCCUAUUUGCUCCCAGCCUCAGCCUUCCUCAGAGGCCACCAUCCCAUCCCCCACUGAGUCCCCCAUACGCUUCCAGCCUGUUCCAGCCAAAGCUUCUACCCCUCUGGUCCCCUUACCUGUGAAGAGCCAAGCUGAUCCCAAGAACAGACUGGACAGCCCUCUUGCUGUGGAUGAAGCCCUGAAACGGAGUGACCUGGUGGAGGAGUUUUGGAUGAAAAGCGCUGAAAUCCGCCGCAGUCUGGGACUCACACCUGUAGAGCGAAAGAAAGGGCCUGAGCCCAGCUUCCCCUCACCUGCCUUCAAGCCAAUAUCCCUAAAAUCCUUUUCAGUUGAGAAGUCCCCUCAGGAUGAAGGACUUCAUCUUCUGAAACCUCCAUCUAUUCCUAAAAGGCUGGGCUUGCCAAAGUCAGAUGGUGAGCAGCCCUCCCUGCUGACUCCCAAAUCUCCAUCUGACAGAGAGCUGAGAAGCUCCCAUGAAGAGCGGAGGGAUCUGUCCAGCAGCUCUGGCCUGGGCCUUCAUGGGAGCUCCUCAAACAUGAAGACCUUGGGCAGCCAGAGCUUCAACACCUCAGACUCCACCAUGCUCACCCCACCUUCAAGCCCACCGCCACCCCCCCCCCCACAUGAGGAGCCCGCCACCCUCCAAAGAAAGCCCUAUCAGAUAUUUGAGCAUAAAGAAACUGAGCCAAAAUCCUCCAUUAUCCCACCUCCUCCACCUGCCACAUUUAUGCGGCCCCCACGAGAGCCUGCCCAACCCCCCAAGGAGGAAGUGCGGAAGUCAUUUGUAGAGAGUGUGGAUGAAAUCCCCUUUGCUGAUGAUGUGGAGGACACCUAUGAUGACAAAACUGAGAACUCAAGUCUGCAGGAAAAGUUCUUCACACCCCCUUCCUGCUGGACCCGCCCAGAGAAGGCCCUCCACCCACCCCUGGCCAAAGAGAAUGGACGGCUGCCUUCUCUGGAGGGUAGUGCCCAGCUGCAGAAGAGGGGACUGCCCUUGGUCUCUCCUGAAGCUAAGGAGCUGGCUGAGGAACGCAUGCGAGCCCGGGAGAAGUCUGUGAAGAGCCAGGCACUGAGAGACGCCAUGGCCAAGCAGCUGAGUAGGAUGCAGGAGAUGGAGAUGGCAGCUGGGGCCUCCAGGUCCCGCAAGGCUUCCUCAGCACCCUCCCAGAGCAAACAACUUUUGACGGAAUCCUCCAAACCCCCAGGUCUCAGAGGCUCUGAGGAGCCUACUCUGAAGCAUGAAGCCACUAGUGAGGAGGUCCUCUCCCCUCCAUCAGACUCAGGGGGCCCAGAUGGUUCUGUCACCUCUUCUGAGGGCUCCAGUGGGAAGAGCAAGAAGAGGUCAUCCCUCUUCUCCCCCCACAGAAACAAGAAAGAGAAGAAGUCCAAAGGGGAGGGCCGACCCACAGAGAAACCCAGCUCACGCCUUCCAGAGGAAGCAGCCACCAAACCCAAGUCCUUGUGGAAGUCAGUCUUUUCUGGGUACAAGAAGGACAAGAAGAAAAAGGGCGACGAGAAGUCCUCCUCCAGCACCCCAUCCAGCGGAGCUACUGUGGACUCUGGCAAGCACAGGAUGUCUCCUAUUGUAAGAGCAGAGCUGCAGCUCCGGCGCCAGCUGAGUUUCUCGGAGGACUCAGACCUCUCCAGUGAUGACAUCCUUGAGAGGUCCUCCCAGAAGUCCAGGAGAGAGCCAAGAACCUACACAGAAGAAGAGUUGAAUGCCAAGCUGACCCGGCGUGUGCAGAAGGCAGCUCGGAGACAGGCCAAGCAAGAGGAGCUCAAGCGGCUCCACCGAGCCCAGAUCAUCCAACGGCAGCUGGAGCAGGUGGAAGAAAAGCAGAGGCAGCUGGAAGAGAGAGGGGUUGCAGUGGAGAAAGCACUCCGAGGUGAAGCAGGCAUGGGCAAGAAGGAUGACCCUAAGCUGAUGCAAGAGUGGUUCAAGCUGGUGCAAGAAAAAAAUGCCAUGGUGCGCUAUGAGUCGGAGUUGAUGAUUUUUGCCCGAGAGUUAGAGCUGGAAGAUCGGCAGAGCCGACUACAGCAGGAACUGCGGGAGCGGAUGGCAGUGGAAGAUCACCUGAAGACCGAGGAGGAGUUGUCAGAGGAGAAGAAGAUCUUGAACGAGAUGUUGGAAGUUGUGGAGCAGAGAGACUCUCUGGUGGCCCUGCUGGAGGAGCAGCGGCUCCGGGAAAAAGAGGAGGACAAGGACCUGGAGGCGGCUAUGCUGUCAAAGGGUUUCAGCCUGAACUGGUCCUGAGUUUGUGGCCGUUACACUGCUUGGAAUGUCAGCAUCCACCUGGCUAUGUUCUCCCAAACCACCUGGAUCUAAGGUCCAAGGAAGCCUGGCACUUCCUGGGAGUUUGCAUUCAGCCAUCCACAUGCUCAUGUGCUAUGGUGAAACCCCAGGUGAUGAUGAUUAUCUGAGAUGACUCCGCCUCCUGAGAAGAGGCCCACCUGGACUUCCCACUCAAGAAAGAGAAGCAGAGCAAGAGAUGUAUGGUGCAGUGGGGGAACUCCGCACAGUCCCUGAGGACCUGUUGCCUGGCGCCCCUUCCUUCCGCCAGCAUGUUUGGUAAGAGAAGGGAGCUGCUCCUUCUCUUCAAAGACACCGCCACUACAGAGAGCACCCCGCAGAACAGGGCAGCUGCCUUCUUCAUGCUCCCUGAAGCACCACCAAAGAAAGAAAAAAACACCCCACAAGCAAGAUGUGGAUAGAGUAUGGGAGAGGGGCAAUGACCGGUCAGGGCAGUGACCACCCCAGCAUUGCAGGGGAAGCUGAGGGAUAGGCAGGCUCUGAGUUCAUUAUGCAAAUUAUGAGGAUGCAAGAGGGGUCUGUCCCCAGCCCCCACACAACACACUGGACUCCGAGUGGCCAAAUGCCCCAGGCCUCUCUCUGGCUGAGGCCCGAAGCCCAUGGAUUGCUGCAUUUUGCUUUUAGUUCACAACCAUUUUGACACUGGAAAGUACUAACUUUGGGGACGGGGGGGACCCUACACAUCAAGCCCCCCAUUGACAGACAGGCAUUGUCACAAUUCAGCGCUUCACAGUGGGGCAAGAGAUUCCCUUCUUCCUUGGUGUUUUUUCCUGUGUUUGCACAUUGAAAUGAAGCUGAGGACCUGGCAAGAUGCUCAGCCACUUCAGAUCUUUUUUGUCAAUUAACUUAUUUUUUUAAUACUUGAAAAGAAGCAACUUCAUUUUUAUAUCUUUACUAGAGACACUGAUCACCUGGCACCUACAUAUAGGGGUAACAGAGGUCUGCUAAGUCCUACACAGCCUGAUUCAAAACUGACUGAACGCUUGUUAUAUGCAUCUAUUUAUUAGCCUUCUUCGUAGUGUUACUGAUCUGGUUGGCAUCAGGGAGCAGCUUGAGACCCUCUGGGUCCUUGCUCACAGCUUUUCUGUCCCCCUGUAACUGUGUCCAGCCCUCUCCUCCUCCACAGGCACCCUGCUCUUGCUGUGGCACUGGACUUUAACAUCAGAACCAUUAACUUGUCAAGGAUACAUUUCAGCACUGUCAGCAGCCAUGCUGAAAGGCAAAGAUGCCACGCUGGUCUCUGGCUGUUGGAAUGUUGGCUCUGUAGGACCCAUUGUUUUCUCAAUCUUGGUGCCAGGGUUUACGUCCUUCCACGCAUAUGUUAAAGAAGAUUUGGGGAUAAGCCCUCUUCUGAGAGGGUGUCAAGUGGCUCCUGUGAUCUGUCUGGCUGAUAGGAAUUCCCUCAGCCUAGCUGAAGGUCCAGCCAGACAGGAAAACAUGUGCUGCUGCCAGUAUCAACAUUUAGGCUGGUCUCUCACAGACAGGCAACUCCAGCCCUGUCUUCCCUCCCCUGAAUUAGAAUCUUCUUGAGGUGGUAAGGGCUAAUAAGUACCAUGUAACUAGCUCUACAAGUCAAACUGUUCAUUUUUCAUGGUUCAACCAGAGAACGGGUGUGUACAAUUCAUCAAGCCACUGACUAAGAAGGUCAAGGGCUGGGGAGUGCUUGCCUAUCAAAAGAAUUAGCACAUGGUCAUCCCAGAGAUGAUUCCAUCAGUGCCAGGCCAGUCUCGAAGGGGCUCUGCAGCUGACUCCUUGUGGGAAGGGCCGGUGUAGAAUGAAUAGGCCUGGCAAUUCUUCAGAUGUCCGUGGGGCAGGACAGGCCAAGGGUCCAUACUGACCUUGGACUUCCCAUGGGAACCACACUGUGCCUCAACUCGAACAUUCAUUCUAACUACAAUGGAGCAAAGAAUCUGUCCUAUUCUUCAGUUUCUCUAAAAGCUGCCAUCUUUCUCCUGUGGAAAUCCAGAUGUGCUGCUAGCAACCAUCACAACUCUGACUUCUUCACUUCCUGGUUUCUAGUGAGGCAACAUCUCCGUUUUUAUUCUCUGUUCCUAAAAGUGAGGAGGAGGGUGUUCUAGAUUCCAUCUUCACACCCCAAUCUUCCAGUAAAAUUGGGAUAGGACUGUCAUUGCCUUUGUGGCCUUUUACUAACCCUCUCUCUUGAAUGCCACCACAACAGUCAAGCCCCAGCAAAGCUGCCUCUGUCCCUGUCACUCCUGCUAAACCCAGAACUAGGAAUUGGUUUCCAAAGUGACUCAAAAGGGAUGUGGCAGUAGAGCUGUGCUUCAAAUGGCCUCGUGCAGCAGAAACACCAGUCCCAGCCAACUUUGGCAUCACUUCAUCCUUCAAAGCACAUGCUGCUCCUAUUGUCACUCAAAAGGGGGCUAAAGAUGGCAGAGAAGCCUCAACCAGCCUGUAAGAUGCCUCCCAGUUUUCUAUUCCUGACAGUGUUAAGGCUUCAGGUUCUCAUAGAGCACUUUAAAAAAUAAAAAUUAAAAAAUUUUUAAAAAGCUCCCA